AAUGGCCGCGCUCGAGCAGCUCGACGGUUUGCGAAAGCGUAACAAAGAUUUGCUGGAAAAACUUCAGAAACAAACCGAAAAACUCAAUCAGCUAACGCUGUCACGGCCGGACGAAGGGGCCAAACGUCAAAACUCUGUCUGCGAAACGUUUACCGGCGGGAGCGACCAGCGGCGAGCGCCUUUAACGGAGAGAAACGGAGACGUUACGGCGGCUCGUGCAAGUUUGGCUCGAGCAUGUUUUUUGAAAGCAAAAACAGAGGUGAAAACCACCAAAACAUCCGAUGAGCGGUUUCUUGGAGAUUGUGAAAUCACCACACCAAAUCAACACAACCAAAGUCCUGAACUGGCCACUUACAGUAACUUACUGCAGGAUUCAGGGAACAGUCGCUGGAAGGGACACAGCAGAUCCGUGAGACUGAUGCUGCCCAAAUCCGCACCUCCCACACGUGAUAGUGAUCGGGUACCCUGGCCUAGAGAGACUGAUAGCACAGCGACUUUGUAUUCUGGUCUGGAGACCGAUUCUACAUCAGCGAGGCCGCACAUACAGCCAUUACUAGGCUAUGACUGGAUAGCAGGCCUUCUAGAUGCCGAGAGCUCUCUUACUGAAUGCUCAGAGCAGUUCUUCAGCGAACUACGCAGCUUCCGUCAGGUCAACCGAGAUGAGUGUGUUUACAGCUCGCUAUUAGGACUUCCAUUUGUUGCUGAUGUUGCGUCUUCCUCACUUGAAGGCGAUGAGCCGCAACAGCCACCAGAUACCCAUCAGUGCACAUUCUGCUACAGAAUAAACAGUCGUCUGUUUGCUGUUCCACUGGAUGCACAGGCUGCAUGUCCAGUGUGCAAGAUUCCCAAACCUGAACACCCCCAUACUGAGACAGAGCCUGCUUUCAUCAGGGUCAGUAUUCCUCGCUCAACACUGUUGCCAGCAUACAAAUACAAAGCCCACCGUCGCUGCAGUUUUGAUCCCUCUGACAGUCUGGGUUUACCCUCGCACUGUUUGUCCGGUUGGUCCAAUCCCACCCUGAAUUCCGGCUCUCAGAUGAGCAGUUUAGAUCUGCGGGGAUCAAUAGCAACAUCGGCGGCCACAGAAGGGUCAACUUCAUAUUUGCCAGACAAUAAACAGGGUCCAUCCUUGCCCAAAGCAUCGAGAGACCAGCUGCUCAACCCUACUCGAUUGCCACGACAUCGCUUUCAGCAUUUAGACCCAAAGAUGGCACACAACCAUUCUUAUGCUCUUUACUGAAAUCAUUACACUAAUAAAAUGGAGCAGCCUGUGAAUGUUUGUCUCUCCAGUGGAUCCCCUGUUUUUUGAAAUGAGUAGUUGAGUAAACAUUUGUAUGCAUGUGUAAUAAUGAACAAACAUGAAUCAUUUUAUAUUCUGUAUGAAUGACUUGCUGACUUCAAACUGCUUGUGAAAUGAAAUUUAAAUGCAACACUGAAAAAAUAAAAAGUUUUUUUUCUUUAGUUUAUCUUAAAUGCAAGAUCAGAAAACCAUCAUUUGACUUUUAACAGCAAAUGUCUUUUAAAAGUACACUGAACAGUAAAUCAUGCUAAAUCGCUUAAAACAUGAUCCCAAUCCCUUUAAUUUGUAAACUAAUACUCAUAUUAAAUGUGUUAAAUGCUGAUACUAUAAUAUAUUUGCAAAUUGUUAACUAAUUCUUGUCAUAUUUAUAUGUAUAAAUAUGAACUUAGUAUAGAUUUACUGUUUUGUAGCAUCAGUUGAUAGUUGAUUGGAUGUUGAUGCUCCCACGCGCUGUAGUAUAAAGGCGCUAAACUCGAACUGAAAGGGGCACAAAGUCAAUGACGCUCGUGUACUGAAGUACACUCUAAAACCAUCUGCUGGGAUCAUGAACUCUCCGUCUUUCUCAUCGAACAGGACUUUUAUUUUACUGUAUUAUCUGGUGAGUGUGAAGGCAACUUCAAUGUUACAUUUUAUUUUAGGCAGAGGGCGAAAA